AAGAACCUAAAUCCCAAGUGAAGAAGCCUGAACGAAAGUCAUUGGCACGGGCGGUCGGCGUCCGUGCGAGGCGCCCCGUGCGAUUCAUCCUUCUCGCUCAGACUCCGCUGGGAAAGACAACAGGAGCUCACGCAUUCCAGCAAAGAGUAACCAUGGAGACUAGUGGUCCAGAAAAUCCCCCAGAAGGACAGACUUCCGCCCCUCACAACAAUUUCCGAGGCAGAGGAUCUUUUAGGAGCCGCGGCGGUGGAUUCCGCGGAAGAGGCGGCCCCGGUUUUUCAGCGGCACGAGGUGGAGGAUUCAGAGGAAGAGGCGCGCCUGGCUUUUCUCCGGGACCCAUGCGUGCUAGAUUCCGUGGGCGUGGAGGUUUCCGCGGAGGACGGUGAGUGUUCUUAUCCGCUUUUUGUAUUAGUAGGGU